CAAACCCAGCCUACCAGGAGGGAGCAGAGAGAUAGCGCAGCGGGGACAUUCCUUGACCCCCGUAAAAAGCAUCCGCAGGGCCAGGCAGCGGUGGGACACAAGGAGAGCAGAGGCACGGGGCCAUGGAGCAGUACUUCUCAGCCACGCAGAAGAUGGAGCAGGAGGUGAUGUUCCCCAGCCUGCUGCGAGGGGUCUUCCCACAGGAUGGGGCCGACCCAGCCGCUGGCGGCCCCGCGGACCUCUACGAGCGCUACCAGCUCCUCAAGGCCAUCAAGCCCAUGGUGGAGCGAGGCCUGGCCUCCAUCACUGAUCAGAGCCCCGCCAGCAAUGCCGACGCCGACACAGCUCCAGAUGAUGGCAUAGAUGGGAAUUUGGAGGAGCGGCUGUGCCACCACAUGAACGGCUUGCAGCAGGUUCUGACCGACCUCACCAAAAACACCAAAGCUCUCACCAGGAGGUACAGCCAGAUCCUGGAGGAGAUCAAUCUCGGCGAGGGUCAGAGCAGCUCGUGA